CCAACCAGUGUCUCCGAAGUCGCGUACUCCGGUGGAUCGCGCGGCUACGAGCGUCUCGGCAGCGCGUGGUGAAGGAGAACUCGGCGAAGGAGAACUCGGUGUAUCCCGUCCGCGAGAUACACAGAUACAACAAAAAACAACGAGUCCGAGUUUGCUGCGAAAGUAGACUACAGCUGUGCGUCGCAAGAAAUGUUUUUUUUUUUUUUUCGAUAAAAUCACUUCUAUUAUAUUCUGAAAACAUACGUGCUCGCGUGUAAUCGCGAGGCCAUAUUUUCGCGUGUAAUCGCGACAACGACAGUCAACGACGUCGACGGUGGGGGUGGAUAAGCGGCCUCAGGAGGAGAGCGACACGUUGUGCGAUACGAUCGAUCCGUCAAAAGCCGUGUAGCAGCAGCAGCAGCAGCAGCAGCAGCAGCAGGAACAGCAGCGGCACGCAGCAGCAAUACGAGCGACAGCGAAACGCGCGAGACCGACCGACCGCCCGCCCGCCCGCUGGCGAUAGAAGAAGAGAUGUGUACCUCGUGACGUCACGGAAUUCCUUCUCUCGGUGGUGUUGCUGCCGGAGCAGGCGGUCUGUCGCGAGCACUUGUCAUCGGAUUGACUUCUUAUUCUCGCGUAGCUCGGUAAUCUACGGGAUACAUAUUGUGUUCUCCCGUCUCUCUGCGUGAAGAGAGAAAAAGGAGAGAGACAAAACGAAGUGAGUGAACGAGUAUAAGAGAGAUAAUCAUCGCACGUACGUCGGUGUGUACAUACCCAUACGUUGGAAAACGGAGCUAGAAGAACGGAGCGAGGAAAAAAGAUAGACAGACAGAUAGAGGAAAGUAGUCGCGACUCUACACGAGAGAGGAGAGGAGAGGAGAGGCGAGGAAGUAUAUCGUGGGCGUUGAGUGAUUGUUGUCGGUGCUAGUUUCCAUCGAGAGUCAUGAGGGACACGAGCGAUAUGAUGGAGGACGCUCUGUCGGAGGACACGAUGAUGGAUUGCGGGGGUGAUGGCGGAGGGCUGGAAGAUUUCGUCAACUUGGCCACCGACAUCACAAACAGUUCUCCCGCCUUUCGAGACGCAGCCGCGCGAUUACUGACGUUGUUAGACGUGGAUGAGGAUGACAAUGAGGAUCUCCUGUCGUCAUCGGAGGACGAAGGCGUCGAAGUGGACAUUGAGGUGCCCGAGGAGGACGACGAGGAGACGGAAAACGCCAAGUUGCUCCAUCAACUUGCCGCCUGUCUGGCUCAGGAACUCAAACAUUCGCAGAAACAGUCCUCGUCCUUCGGUAACAGGACAGCGCAUCAGAAUCAAAGCCCAACCCACAGCGUGGAGAUGGUGCAGGACACAAGCUACCUCGGUCGUGAUUGCCUUCAAGAUCAAGCGGACCAUUCGAAGUCGUCCAUUCGUCAAAGUAAUUUCGAACAAGACGACCUUGACUUUCUCGACGACCUCGACGAGCGAAACGCAAACUUCACCAAGUUUACAAGUUUCGAAAACGCCUGCCAGGAUCAUCAGGAGAUGCACAAUCGAUUCUUCGACCCGUCGAGUUUGGAUCGUCGUUUGUGGACAGACGAUCCGGGAGCGGCGCAGGCCGAAGUUAGAUCCUUCGACAGUCAGCAGGAGCAGAAUUCCGGCUGUUGGGCGGCCGGAUGGGACGCUUGCGCUAGCGAAGCCCUUCGAUAUCUCGUCGAGGAUGAAGGCUUGCCGCUUCAUCAUCCCACGGUCAUCGCCAUGAAGAAUCACCUGGACCAUCAACGGGAACGUGCGUUCGCUCAGUACAACGGAUACACGGAGACCAAAUCGCAGGACAUGAACGUGGUUCUGGAUUGAUGGGGUUUCGGGAAUUAAGAUGAUACCGGAUACGGAGACGGCCUGCCAGACUUCCGAAGCUGCGGUCGAGAGCGGUUGCGACGUGUGCAAGAAGAUCAAGGACCGACCGGAAAAGGAAGCGGCGUCGGUGACCGCGUGGAAGCGAUAUCAGCGACUGGUGGCCGCGAUAGAGUCCCGAGGCGGCGAGUUCAACCGGAAGUCCAUGAUCGAGGCGAUAUUUCGCGGUAGCGAUCUCGUUUACGCCAGUCAUUGAUCAAUCUAUUAUCGAUCAAUAUAUCAAGUCAGGAAUCUCUUCACGCGAUUUUGUACCAAAGUGCCAGUAUUUUGAAUUCGCGUAAAUGGCGUAGAAUUUGCAAUUUUCGCGAAAAAACUAGCUCCUCAAAAGUUUCUUCGUAAGCGAAUAAGUAAAAACAUUCAUUGACACUUUUGCAGAAUAGAGAACACACCGAUAGAAAUAAGAGAUUAUUGUUCCAUUGUUGCGAGUCUGUAAAAGAACGAUUUAUAUAGUUGCCAUAAAUUAGAAGAUAAUUUUUUUUUUAUAAUAGGGAGAGUUGAAAGUUAAUUCUCUCAUUGAUUAACAACUUAGAAAAGAUGAACUGUUACUUUUUUUAUAAUAGACAAUAGUCUUUGCGCAAAAAUUGUUUUGAUUUGCGUUUUUUUUUUUUUUUAUCUGCAAUAGGUACGUGUGUAUAAUUACUUUUUGCGUCAGUAGAUGAUGUUUCGACUUAAAAUGAGGUCGCUGAGCAACUACGCGUCUCGAAAAUAGGAUCUUAUAGGAGCGCGGUUUGACGACGCGAGUAACGUGGCUGUGUAUUAUAGUUCGACGUCGAUCGCACUAUUUUUAGAUUCGUGUGAGGAAAAAGUUUGCUCCUUCCGGGAGAGACUCUCGUGAGUUUACACGUAAGGCGAGAGUAUCGUAGGUGCGUGUGCUACAGAUAAGAGAAUCCUCGAUGAGGAGGACUUCUCAAAUAAACGCGUCUUGAAGCGAAGCUUUGUGAAGCGGAUACACGCGCGUUUUCAUUAACGGCGAAGUCAAAAUUGUGUUAACAAGUCGAGCGGGGUAUUUUAAUACACGCGAUGUAUAUAUAUAUAUGUAUAUAUUUUUUUUUUCCAAGCGAAAACGGAAUUAAAUUAUGUAACAACAAGAGCGAAAACACGGCGCAGACACUAUAAGUAAAAAGAAAAUAAGAACAAAUUAUAAAUAAUAAUUAGUGAUAAAUAGAGAUUACUCUAAGUCUCAAUAAGUCUUUUAUAGUAUAUGGAUAUAAGGACAGCCGGAGAUAUUCCAGGUUCGACUCCUGGCUGAGGAGUUUUUUUCGCAAUAUUUUAAAAUUAGUUAGGAGAGUAU